UCGUUCAGCCUUUGAUUAAAAUCCUUACACAGAACUCUACCAUGUGGCUGGCACUGUUGAUCUAUGGCCACGUCUCCACCUUCCGUUUGGUGUCAUUGCAAAACGCGUACCUGGCCCUGCCCGGCUGGAGCUUCGGCGAGGAGCUGAAGAGACUCGGCCAAAGAAGAAACAAACAGAUGCAGACACCAACGAAGAGUCAGCUGUGCCAGCAGAUAGAGCAGCGCUGUGACAUGAUAACCGAGGGCAUGGCUCUGGUGUUGGAGGACGAUGUGAUGACGCGAUGUGAGUGGAAUCUGCUGACCCGAGACCUGUCAGUGCAUAUAGGGCACCUCAGCUAGCGGCUGAGAGUGGUCUGGCUGCUGGGACUGCUCUGCACACUGCUGGACGGCGACGUGUCUGAGCUGCCUGCUGUUGUUGCCCCGCCAUGGUGCAAACAACGUGUGGGAAAGUGGCUGCUGCGCCAGUGCCUCUGCAUGACCGCGAGCUUUGUGCCGAUAAUGCGACGCUACCACAAUCUCGAGCAUCGCCCCACCAAGGCGUGUGUGUGCAACCACAGCAAUCCACUGGACGUGCUCAUCCUCAUGUGCGAUGUGCAAUACUCGCUGACCGGCCAGCGGCACUACGGCAUCCUCGGGGUCUUCCAGAGCUCCCUGUCGCGUGUCUCGCCGCGCAUGUGGUUCAACAAGGGCAGCUUCGCCGUCAGCGAUGUCGUCUACCCGAUGGCCAUACGCUACGACCGCCGCUACGGCGAGGCCUACUAGAACAGCACCCGCUACUCGAUGUUCCGCUACACGCUGAUGCUGGUCUCCUCCUGGUGCCUCAGCUGCGACAUCUGGUAUCUGCCACCCAUUUUCCGCGAGCCCAACGAGUCGCCCAUUCGAUUCGCCAGUCGCGUGAAGGCUGCCAUAGCUGAGAUGGCAAUCUUAAGCGCUGCUCUCCCGUUCUGGAUCGGUUAUAAGCAUGCUCAAAGCCAUAGCCCCAGCUCCAGUUAA